AUGUCAACCAAUCACACAAAUACGCUAUUGGAUCCCUUGGAGGAUGGCAGCUCUCCACAUACUCCGAUCAAGAACAGUUCCCGAGCUGGAAAUGGUCAAGAUGGCCAAGGAUAUGUGCUAUCACCUCCACCUGCUCCCAAAGCAUCGCAAAGAGCAUAUAGGCUGACUAACGAUGAAAGAAGAAUGCAAGAUAUUUCACAAAUCGCACGCAAGCUCUCAUUCGAUGAUCGGGAGGAUGAUAAGGAGAAACGCGGCAUCAGACAUGCUCGUAACGCAUGCAAUCGCGGGAAUGAUCGUCGCGACCGAGAGGAUGAUGGUCGGCCGAUGAACUCAAUUAGAUUUGAUGGUACAUAUACAUUCAUGGACGACAUUGGAGAAUCAUCGAUGAGUAGACAGCCGCCCAAAUCAGCACCAAGAAAGCCUGCGUUGGCUUCCAAGAUGCCCGGGUCACCAAUCCGCAUUCACCCAGCUCAUCUAAGUCCUCCACAAUCAUUGAGCUCUAAUUCCGACACUUUGCAAUCAUCUGGCUCUACACUAUUUGACAGUCCUUUAUCUGGCGAAGAUGAUGCAAAGCUCGGUCGUAAGAGAGCCCGCUCAAUUGAUGAAGAGGAUUCAGAAAUGAUGCCCCUCCCGGACACACAGAAUUUUCGGAGCACACAUACAUCAAACCAUGUAGACAAUUUCAAAUAUACCCUAUCAAGUCAACGCAUUCACGGAGCAUACACUGGCUCUUCAAGCAAUCAGACCCUUCAGAAUACUCUCGGAGAAUCUUUUGACCCAUUCAUGAAAUCUUCUAGCAAUACACCAUUCCUUGUCCAAUUGCAACGUACAGCAACGCAUGCAGGCACAAAUGACACCGUUCAACAAUCCGUUCCGUUUAUCAAACAAACACAUCUACUUAAGCACUUUCAAGAGCAUGAAUCAUCUUCAUCAAUGCACAGAUCCGUCUCCAAUGCAAGUUAUUUGAUCCGUACACCGAAUGAGCUUCGAGAGGCACCAUCAUCCAAGAUGGUUGUUGCGCCUCGAUUGAAGUACAACAUGGCUGUACGUUCCAUUCAUCAUCCCAAACAAUCACGUCGUCACGAUAGAAGCUCUUCAAUUUUAGCAAAUUCUAAGCCGCUCAACUUCAACGCACCUUCUCUUUGUGCAUCUUUUUCGAAUUCAAAUUCGCCUUCACCUGUUUUGUCAAAUUCAGCUUUACCCAACGUCUUUUCAUCUCAACCAAUGGAUUAUUUUGGUACUUGGUCUGCUGCUUCAUCUCCUUUGACGCAAGCACACUAA